UUCAACAGUUAAAUUACUCAAGUUAAAAUAUCAUAAGGCCCAGAACUGCUUGAACAUAUGGAAUUUAUACACACAUUCAUAUCAUGAAAAUUAAAAAACAAAAACAAAAACAGGCAAAUGAGGGUCUUGGAAAAUAAUAAUUUUGUGCUUUUGAGCACGCAUAGUGCUUUUUAAAUAAUGUCACAGUAAUUAUAAUUACAAAAAUGUAACAGGCAAAAUUCAAGUGGUUAUAAUGUAUUUCAUACAUACAUUUCACAUGUCUUAGGAUACUGGUGCAUUUACUUUCAAAAUAAAAACGUAUUAAAAGAAAUUCAAAUGGGUUCAAAGAAAUCUAACUGGAGAGAAGCUCAUAAGGAACUAACCGAGCAAAUUCGAUCUGCAAGAGAUGGAUACUCGGGUCAGGCAAGUGGAGGGGCAGGCUCUGGUCCUUCGCGCCAACCAACCGGCGCAAGCGCAAAACAAGCCGACCUGCAGGCCUGCAAGCAUUGCUCACGGACUUUCACUGCGGACCGCAUACAAGUGCACGAGCGCAUUUGUGCCAGAACAAGCAAACGAAAAACAAAGCAGUUCAACUCGUUCAAACAACGCAUCAGUGGAACGGGCGCCGAGAAUUUUCUGCAUAAGGGCAAGCCGUCAGCUCCACCCAAGAAAUUGGAAAGCGGUAAUUGGCGAAAACAGCAUCAGGACCUAAUCAGCAGUUUGAAGUACGCGCGCGGAGGGAAGCAGAAGGGUGCCACCCCACCCGCUCCGCCGCCCCUGGACACGUCGGACUACGUGCAAUGCCCGCACUGUGGACGCCGCUUCAACGAGACCGCAGCCGCCCGCCAUAUUCCCGCCUGCGCCACCAUGAUUCACAACAAACCCAAACCAAACACUCCUAAGAAAUGACUAAAUAAAACAGAAUGAUAACA